GCUUCUGCCUGACCCGCAGGGUGAAAGUUUAAAGUUCGUCCACAUCAGAAAACAGAGGAGGCACGUGCGGGUUAAAAAGUCGCUCGGGCAGCAGCAUCAUCGGCUGCAGCGAUGGCUGCCUUUUACUCGGGUAUCCAUCUGAAACUGAAGAGUUCUCAGACUCCAUGGGAGGACAAGUUAAAGUUGGCACGUUUUGCCUGGGUCUCCUCUCAGUGCCUGCUGCCUAACAAGGAACAGGUGCUGUUGGACUGGUGCACUCACGCUCUGACGCGCCGGUACACUCAGAAGGUGGAGUUUUCUGAGAAUGUUCUGGAAGGACUGUGGUUUUACCUCGACGAUCUGCUUCACAGCCGAAAGCUCCACUCUCUUCUCAAGCAGGGCAAAGCCAUCAGCCUGAGGCUCAACAUGGCACAGCUGCUGCUGGACCGUCUCCAGGAGUGUGCACGUGUUGGCCCUGAGAAUACGGCGUGUGUGUCCACCAUACUCAGUGUGUGUCAGGGCCUUCUCUCUUCUCCUGCGCUCUCAUCCGUCUUCACCACCAAGUAUGAGCUCAUCGUCGAUCUCCUGGCUAAGUUCUGCACCCUGGCCUGCCGUGAACUUCAACAGCCGUUGCUCACAGAACCCCUGAUGACUGAGUCCAGUGCGUGUCACGAUGAGGAGAUGACUGAGCGUCUUCCACCGCAGCCUACUCGCGAUUUGGACAGUUCCCAAAACGAGCCGAUCAUUGAAAAUUCUCCGGAUCAGCCAGCAUCGGAUGCUAAUAGGGCACCUCCGAAACCAAUGGAGAACAUCCGUUCAGCGAACGUGUUUGACGUCUUGCUUCAGGUGCUGCAUUGUUAUUUGUCAGUACAGAGACAACAAGCCAAUCCCAACAGAGUAUUUACGAUGGUAACGAACCAGCUGAUCCAACCUUUAACCCUACUCAGACACCUGCUUACCUCUGGGGAAUUUGCACCCUCUCACACACAUCUGGGCCUCCGCCAGCAGCUUUCCAGAGACAUUCGAAUCAAGAUAGACGCCACCCUCCAGUUGGCUCUCUUUCCCUCUGAGCACCUGACCUCGUACACGGAGGAGCUCCUUCCAUCGAAAGUGGAUUCUGGGAAACGUGGCCCUAAAGCAGUUAAAGGCCUCUUGAAGCCAGUCACUGCCAUACUUUCCAAACUGAGUGCUCGGGGCUCCUGCGAGCCGCCUCUCCACUACGCCGUGAAGUCAAACACACUGUCUCUGCUGUAUAAGUUCUUUCUGGAAAGCUACGCAAAAAAGAGAGGAAGUGAUGAGGCCCACAGGAUGCUGUGCUUUUACUUCCUCGCCCGGUUGGUCCCGGUCUUGGAAGUGUGUGUCGAUGGACAGUCACCCUCACCUGCCAAUGCCGAGCAGCCGGUUCCUGCGUCCCCUGGGGAGACGGCUCCCCCACUCUCACUCAGUUCCCCAGAGAGCUGGAGCCUGGCUCUGCUCGCUCUGGAGUCCCUGCUGAGCCAGUCGCUGUCGGCGGAUAUUUACAAUGUAGCAGCAGACAAGAUCCGACAUGAAGAGGUCCAACUCAAGUUUUACAGAGCUUUGGGACAAAUGCUCUUCAACCAGGUCCAGCCAAGCAUCCCGGCGUGGUACCGCUGUUUAAAGAUGCUGUUGUGUCUCAACCAUCUGAUUCUCGAACCCGACCUGGACCAGCUGUUAUCUUCAGCCUGGGUUAAUUCUGGAUGCGUCGAGGCACGAGUGCAACGGGCCAGACAGCUCAUGGUGUGCAGUCUCCUCCAGACGUACACUAAGCUCCGUCAGCUGCCUCGCCUCUUCUCCGAGCUCCUGUCUGUGAUCUGUCAGCCAGCACUGGGUGACCUACGACCUCUUCUGCUGUCUGAGAGCAUCUCCGCCUCGCUCAGGACUUGUCUUUUGGACACUCCCGCUUCCCAGGGCCUCGAGAUCUGCUCAUUAGUGUUGGAGAGCAUCAAGAGAUGUAUACUACCUGGCCUGGUGCGGGAGGAAAGAGAGGCCGAGAAGAUGGAGAUUGACGGGGGAGGAAACGAUGAAGUGGAGAAUAGAGAAAUGGACCUAGAGAGAAAUGAUGCAUCUAUGAAUCUGUUCUCCCUCAGCCACCUGCUUAAUGUCGUUUUGUUUAGUCUGAAAACUCUCGACAGUGCCUCUCCUGUUACUAUCGUCAGGCAGAGUCAGGGUGUGAUGGAGGUGAUGCAACAGGUAGCUAUGGAUUUACUGCAUCUGCUGUCAACAGAAAAGAGGGCUAGAAGUUCAGCUAAAAGGACACCGGGGAAAGGCAAAAAGAAUUUGGAGCUCAAAGAGCCAGAGAUUAAAGUGGGAGCAGCGUGGGAACAGAAGACCCAGGAGGCCGCGCUCCUCCUCCGAUACACCUGGGUGGAGGUGGACACGCUCUUUAGCAUCCACUGCGGCAAAUACACGUCUCUCCAGGCGGCGGCGGCGAGUCAGCCUGAAGCCGGGGCUCCCGUCCUGACCCAAAUACAAAGUCUCCUCUCGGGUGAGAUUGUUCCGGCGGGUCUGCCGCCGCCGCCCCGCAGACCCGUGAGCGGUUUGCUGCUGAAACUCCUCACUUUGCAGCAGAUGAAGAAAGCGUUGUUGGAGAGCCCCUCUCUCUCCGAGCCCAGCGCCGCAGCGCUGCUGAACACGGCGGCCCGGUUUAUUUUAGCGAAAUCGGAGUUGGAGGCGAGUCCGGACGGAGGGCAGGCGUGGGACGGCCAGGUGGCGAGCGUGAACGCCAACUCCAGCCACGUGGCCCACUGGCAUCUCGUCGCGUCCAAUUUGCCGUUGAUCGCCCCCUACCUGAGCGGCGAGGACGUGGGCUGCGUGGCAGACGCGCUCGUCCACUCGCUGCUCAGCAGACCGAGCGACGGGGGGAAGGCCCGGCCGGCCGGCGCGCUCACCGUCUCGCUCAUCUCCUCGCAACUCCUCCAGAGUCCCGUUCUCGCCGAGUUGCCGUCGCUGUUCUCCGCCACGAUGUGUUCCCUCACGCGACGGAUCGUCGGCGUUCUCAAGGCAGCGCACGUGGCCAAGGCUUGCCCGACGCUCCUGAAGUAUCAGGAGAAAGGAAUCGGAGCGAGCGACGGCGGUCGGCCUCCCGCGUCCACGCACAGGGAGGCCAUCGUUCAGGAUAUAUUGGCAUCCUCAAAGACCGGCGAGGCGUUUGUCCUGCUGACCGCCGCGCAGCGCUCGGAGCUGGUCGACGCGCUCCAAAUCUUGACGAACCUCAACCCCGAUGGGAUGAACUCGGAGGACCUGUCCUCUAUUUUCCUCCUCCUCCUCUUCAUGCUCACCUCCACCGCGAGUCGGUCCGACCCGGUGGCCGCGGACCCUGCCGGAUCGGGAGACGACGCCCUCUUCCUGCUGGAGCUGCUCAACAUUAUGACGUGUCUCCUGGAGGGGAGAAGCUUCCAAAGUGUGUUGACGUUCAUCCACGGCGGCACGUUGCUGCAGGCCUCCGUGUCCUCGCUCCUCUGGCACAGCAACAAUGGGAGGUUUCAAGCCACAGGCGGCUCCGAAUGGUUGGAUUUCAUCAAAGCCGUGCAGAGCUUCAUCAGGUCCCUCGUCCAAUUGAUUAUAAUCCGAAACCGAAGCAUUCGCCUCAACCUCGACCAGUUUGCCUCCUACCUGACCAGUAAGGAGAUGGCGAACAUGCAAAUCGUGGCAGAUAAACCGGGAGCGUCGAUUUCGUCGGUUCAUAUCCUGCUGGCGUCGCUGACCUCUUUCUCCCAGGCCAUGACCUCUAACCUGGGGAGAAGAAAACCGAUCGAUCAGACUUUGACUCAAAUGCUCACGCGGAUGACCGCUUCGCUGGGACCCGCCGUUGAAGCCGUCCUGAAGCCCCAAACGGUCAGCCAGUCGGUCAUCCAACCGGCCUGCAUCCUCGGCCAAGCCUUCAUGGUGGAAGUCGUCACCGUCAUGUUGCACUGUGAACUUUCCUCGCGCUCGGUGGAGGACGAGAACAAGCAGGCCGACACCCAGUUCGCCCUGAGUCACAUGACCCUCUAUCAGGGCUUCUGCCGCCAGAUCCUCAAAGAAAUAAGCAGCGCUCACCGGCCGCUGGACUUCCUGGUUUCCUCGCUGCACUUCCUGUCCGCUUUCUACAAAGCAGUGGAGAAGACGAGGGAGGAGCGGGAGGUGGAGCAGCAAGGGAAGGAGAAGGCAGAAAAGGAGUUGAAUGAGCUGUACAUGCAGAUACUGCAGAAUGUGCACAGGCUGCUGACGGCUUCUUGGCUUUCCGAGGAUGAUGUUUGUGAGCUUGAGCCGGCCGUGCAGGAGCUGCUCCGCCACCUGCUGGAGAAGAGUACGACGGGCCGAUUCAACCUGCUGCUGCUGCUGAUCCGAGAGGGUCUGGUCACUGGCAAGCUACGGGCAGGAAACUACCGGGAAGUGCUAUCUGCAGCAAUCAUCACGAAGCUGGUGUCCUGUUGUCUGUUACCUGAGCCCUGCGCUAAAGCUCUGUGGCUCAUUGCACCACAGAUCAUAUCUGCUAUGGUGUUCCUGGUCAAAUCGUCCAGUCAGGACGCCUCGCUGACCCUUCCCUUCACCGUUCCCACGGUGACGUCGAUGACCUCACUGCUGCGCCAGGGGGAGGGGCUCAUCGCCAACCCUCACCACGUCAUACUGGUCCUGGGAGCGCUCCAGUUGUUGCCCCUCGACCACUUGAGCCCAUCCGUCUACCAAGCUGCGUUCCUGGCCGUUCACGAGGCGCUGUUCGCCAUCAUCCAGUGUCAUCCUCAGGUGAUGCUGAACGCAGCGCCGUCCUUCUUAAAUGUCUUCUAUCGUCUGGUGGCGUCCAUCAUGCAGGAGGGUCGGCAGAGAGGAGACAGUGACACAGACGGGGACGUUUAUCUCCAGUGCGCCAGGUUGAUCGAGAGGAUGUACUCUCACAUCGCUGCUACAUCUGAGAGCUUCACCAAACUGUCGGCCUUCAUGGUGGCUCAGUAUGUCACAGAGCUGCAGAAGGUCACCCUGCGACCAGACGUCAAGCUGCAUCUGACGGAGGGCAUCUACCGGAUACUGGACCUGUGCGGGGAGCAGGAUAUCAAGUUCCUGGUGGCCGGGCUGCAGAUGGGAGUCCGGGUGGUGUUCAAUGAGCUCUACACCAGCUACACCCACUACCACAAAGCACAGCGGCAAGGAGAGGACAAGUACACCGUCUGAACGGUCGCAACACGCACUCUCCACAUUUACCUUACAUUUCUAUUUGAUUCAAUUAGAAAAAACGUUCUUGCUAUGAAAAUACUUUGUUUAUAUUCAAUUCCUGCUCUGAACGGGACGACAUCUUGGGGCGGCGAUGAGUAUUUUGACUUGAGACGUGGCAGCUUGUGGAUACCAAAUGACGUGCACAGUUUAAACACCGUCUCCUUGUUGUUUCUGUUUGUUAAAUUGGUAAAUGAUACAUCCGUUUAUUGUUUAGAAUUCUGCACAUAAACACAAUAAAAUAAUCAAUAAACACAGUGGCAUUCCACAGUUAAAGUUUGUUUAUACCCUCAUUUAUUUGAGUAUUUUGAUAUGUAAAUCUGGAAAUGGUUCAAAGGAGGCAGACAAAAUUGCUCCAAAAUGUCAUUUUAGUUUGUUUUAACCAGACCUGCAGGCGAUCAAUGGCGUGUUCAUAUUUGUUGUCUGCCAACACAAAGCUAUCGACUCUUCGGUUUCACCUUGUACCUUCAACACACAGCCCACGGCCGACUGGAGGAGCAGCUGCUAACUAGAGGAACAAUGGGAAGAAGGACUGUUUAAUAACUAAGAGAUGGUUUCAGUCCAUAAAAUGUCUUUAGAAAAUAUGGAUAUAUGCGAGUUAUGCUUUAUGUUUAUUUCUGCCCGUUGUUUUCAUCAAAACUUAAUGAUUUAACAGAUAAUUUGAGCGUGUUUAUUAGCCAAUAAGAUCAGACAGGAGCUGCGUGGGCCGAUUAAAGAGGGCAAUAUGGGAAGUAUCCAUCUUUAAACUGGCAGAUCCACCGAGUCCAUCACAGGAUUAUGAUUCUUAUUAUUAGUAAAGAGGGAGACAUACAGGUGAAUGAACUGGUUUUCCUUUAGACACAAAACAAGACCCAGAUUAUUAAUUAAGAUGAAGAGUUGUAGUUAAAUAACUCGAGGAAAUUGGAUAUCAGAUAAAUAUAGUGAAGUAGAACAAUAUUACAUUACAUGUUGUUUGAAACGGCCUCAAGGUUUAUGGUAAUGCCUGGAAAUGGAAAAAAUAUAAUUUCACAGAAAUUCAAUUGGGUGUCAAAGGAAAGUGCACACCUCGUGUCCUCAAAGAGCAUCUUUGCCUCAGUAAAAUAUUCUCAGCUGAGAAAUGUAGUCAACAGUUCAAACAGGAAAUAUCUUGAACACAUCGGCUGUCAGAAAUGUCGGACACCUUUUGUUCUGACUGGUCUGUUCAGUUCACUCUUAUUUUUUUAGGGUAAGUCACGAGGUUAUGCCAAACAGCAUUGACUUCAUAGUAUGAAGCAAUGUUCAGAGAUCAUCUAUACCUGACGAGCUGUCUCACUCCAUGUGAUCGGCUCCGUCACAGCAGUUUUCGCUGCUUUUGAAAUCUUUCUACAAAGAAUAAAGUAAAUUAAUGUUCGCUUUGCGUUUAAACAGCGAUAAUAAACGCAACACUUGUUAAAUGUAGUUGACGGAAAACUAGGUGCAAUUGCUCUAAUGGUCUUGGUUUCCCUUUUUUCUGACUUUUGUGCAGUUACAUAAACUUUCACACUGUUUCCAAAGCCUGUGAAUUAAAUUACUCAGUGAGUACACCUUUGCUGUUUUCUGCUGAAAUUUGACUCCUAAAUAAGAUCUCUUUUUGGACUUCUCGGGCGGAUGUUCAAACGCUCCUUCCUCCUAGUUUCUGACGUUUUUAAGAAUCCUUUUAAUUUAGAUAUACAAGAUUUCAGUUUUAAUCCAAACAACAAAGCUGACUUCAAUUGAGCUGUGAUUCUACUAUGACACCUGGAAAGAUGCUUAUGAAAUGCAUUCAUGUUAAUCUUGUUUAGAGUAACGACAUUACAGCUAAGCUGGCUGACAAACUCACAGCCAAGAGAACAUCUUGUGCCUCUCUCCUAUUUCUGGAAGAGCAAAAAGCCAAACCGAGCCAUUCAGGGGAAAUGUGAGACCCUCGUAUGAGUUAUUCAGGACGAGGCAAAGGGCCAAAGAUUUAGAAAAACCUCUUUAACCUCUGCUGCUAACUUUGCACAUCUGUUUCACUGCUUCUUGCUCCUCCAACUCUGACUUUGGUUUGACUUCCAUCCAUCCAUGCUGUAACACUACUGUAGGUAACAUAAACACACACUCUUCAGACCACCGCAGCAGCAAUGAAUACGUGUGUGUGUGUGUGUGUGUAAUACUGCUGGGACACUGGUCGUUACAGCAUAAAGCGUGUAUUGAUAGCUU